AUGUGGGAGGCCGACGACUCUUGGUAUGGGGCGCCUCUCCUGGACCGUCGCGCGCCCGAUGCCACCCGACCCUACCACUGUCCCUCGUACAAGCUGCUCAAAUUUGGUACCAUCGAACUUUCGCCUGGUAACUUCAUCACCCUCGACGAGAACGCCGUCUUCCGCCCGCUAUGCACCAACACGGCCACCUCCCAGGGCUCCAUCGACGACGGCACAGGAGGACUCACCAGUGUAGCCGACAUGCGCGACCCCUUCCACGCUUCCAUUACGCCCCAGGCCUACGCGACAGGCGCCGCGACCGUCAUCGCCUGGAUGCUCGUCAUCAUGCUCAUCAUCACACCACGCACCUUCUUCGUCGGCAACGCUUCGGGACGGUCAGGACUCAUGGGACGGCGCGGAAUGAUUAGCGGGGCAACAGGAGGUGGAUCUAUCAUAGGAGUAGGAAGCCGCCCGUGGCUGCAAAAGGCAGCAGCCCUGACUGUCGCCAUUUCUCUGACACUCGCCACCGCCGACACCUUCAAGAUUGCCCAACGCCAGUACGAAGAGGGCUUCAUCGAUGCCAUGGAACUCCGCGAUCAGGUCGUUGCCGGCAUGGAAAUCAAGGUUUCGCGCGUCGUGUCCGACAUAUUCCUCUGGCUCGCACAAGUACAGACUCUGAUACGCCUGUUCCCACGCCACAAAGAGAAGGUCAUUAUCAAAUGGGUCGGAUUCGCCCUCAUCCUACUCGACAUUGCAUUCAGCUGUCUCAACAGCUUUGGUCCUUACGAAAACCAACGCCGUCCCGCACAUUUCGACACCGCCAUCCCCGCCCUCAGCUACCUCUUUCAGUUAUCACUAAGCAUGCUCUACGCCGCCUGGGUCAUGUACUACGCCAUCACCAAGAGACGAUACGCCUUCUACCAUUCCAUGAUGUGGAACAUGAGUGUCAUCUCCCUUCUAUCUAUUAUCGCCAUCCUGACACCCGUUGUCUUCUUCAUUACCGAUAUCGCAAAUUACACCAUUGCCGGAUGGGGAGACUAUUUUCGCUGGGUUGGAGCUGCUGCCGCCAGUGUCAUUGUUUGGGAGUGGGUCGAGCGCAUUGAGGCGCUGGAGAGAGAAGAGAGAAAAGAUGGAAUUCUGGGAAGAGAGAUUUACGACGGAGACGACAUGCUUGACAACAGCCCAUCGGACUCCAAAUGGCCCUCGAAACGCAAGGGUCAGCCAUCAGAAAAAGACGAGAAGAAGAAUGGGAGUGGUCAAGGCGGAUUCGGCGUUUUCGCGUCUGCACAUGCUGGUCGCUUCAACGAGCUUGCCCAGAGGUUGGGACGGAAGAGGACCGAAACGCCACGAACAGAAGCACGAAAGAAGCGCACUAUCCACAUUCCCGCCCCGCCUCCAGUUGUGCGACGCUCGGCAUCUGCAACACGUGGGGAUCGCAACUCGCGGGCCUAUGUACGGGUGCAGACUCCACCACCGGUGCCAGUCAUCGCAUCGCCAGUGAGCAGGACAGACACAACGAGCGCCGACUCAACUGUGUACACAGUCCGCUAUCAUCCGAUCAGCGAUACACCAGUGAAUCCACGGCCUGCGCCGGCAGACGAUCGACGUGAAAACCAUGAAGCACAGCCACAAGUACAGACCUCGUUACAACAACGCCAAAAUCAACCAGCUGAUCCUGAGGACCUGGAGAAGGGAGGUGAACUAGAACCAGUCACUAGCAGGAGCAAGUUUCAAUGGCAAGCACUAGGGAACCCGUUCCGGCGGAAAGGACGAACACCUCCCAAAGAGCUCCAAAGAGGCCAGGUCAUCGAGCCACUUGCAGUGGAUGAUGUAGCUGCGAAUAUACCCCCUCGCAACUACAACGGGUUAGCACUCGCCGACCGACUUGGCACCUUUGCCGCACAGCAGGGCGAAAAGCUGAGGGCAAAGAAAAAGUCCGGGCCACAGCACGAAACAUCGCUGCCUGUGACUAUCAUCCCUGCUCAACCUCGGGGUCAAACCUGGUCUCCAGACAUUAUUCGUCAGCAACAACAGGCGCAACAAGACGAGGCCAUGCAGCCUACAGAUGUACCAACUGUGAGCGAGCAAGACCGAGUUGUGAAUUCACCGGCAACUUCUCAUGGUGUAACUGAGUCAAGCGAGAUUGUCAAUCUUUCUGCUACGCCAAACUCAACACGUACUCCUCGCAUUCGCUUCUCGCCCGCAACCCCGCUUGGCCGCCAACACAGUGCUGGCGUACUUGGAGCAGAGAUGCAGCGACCGCCAUCCACACCGAGUACACCACUGCCACUAGACGAAUCAACGUCAACGAUCGACUUCAGCAGGCCCGAACAACACACUCGGACAGACCACGACAGGUAG